AUUUGUUUAUUUGUUUAUUUGUUUAUUUGUUUAUUUGUUUAUUUGUUUAUUUGUUUAUUUUAUUACUUUACUUAAAAAUGACAAGUGUUACAGUAUCUAAUGGACUAUUUUCAAUAAGACCUUAUCGACAUAGUAAUUCGAAUCAAUCUAUUCUAUCAUCAUCUAGUACACCAUCAUUAUUAUCUCCAGUAAAUCAUACACCAAAAUUGACUAUUAAAUUAGAUCAAGAAGAUAACGCUUCUAUUCGACCUAAUUCAAUUAUAAGAGGCAGUGUUAUAUUAAAGACGAUAAAGACGAUACAUGCAAGUCAAAUUCGUAUCAAGUUUCGAGGAGUUGAAUGUGCGAGUGCAAAAGUAAAAGAAACAAGUCUUGAUAAAAUGGAUCGUAUUGAAACGAUAAAAACACUUUAUUUUGAAAUAGAUACUCUUGUAUGGGGAAAUGAACCAAAUGCAUUCGCUGUUGAUGGUUGGCAAUCUAUUGAACCUGGAGAACAUGAAUAUCAGUUUGCCCUCAAGUUUCCUAAUGUUAAUUUCCCUCCUUCUACAGAGGAUCCUGCUGGAUUUUCUAUUCGUUAUAUUUGGACAGCUUUCCUUGAUGGUCCUGCUCAUCAUCCAGGCCUUCAAAGUCCAGAUCUAGUCACUACCUUUCGUCCACUUUUAGUGGCACCCAUAAAUACCCCUUGGACAUUUAAUGAUACUCUCUUCAGUAAAAAAAUAACUCCUUUAGCUACUUUGAAAGUCCAAUUACCAGCUCAAGUCUUUUGUCCUGACCAAUCCUUUACAGCAUCUAUUCAAAUUCAUACAAUUCCUACUGAUACCACCAUUGGAAGUUUCGGUUAUAAAUUACGCAAAUGUUACGAGGGUAAAGUGCCAUUAUCAUCCUCCAAUACGUCCAUUCGUAGUAUUCGUAAACAAGAUAUCUUUCAGUCUAUGAUACCCCUUCAUCAUAACGAUUCACAUAUAGAACAAGAUGUCACCAUUGAUUUACCUUCUCGUCUCUUAUCACCUUCAUUUACCUCUCAUUAUAUUCGAGUUUAUUAUUACUUGGUCUUAAUGAUUCAAUUUGAUAUCGGUAAAGGCAUAAAAAAGACGAGUCAUCAUAUGCAAACAGAGGUACCCAUUGGUAUUGCCAACUUAAAUCAUGGUUAUUUAGUACGUGUACCUGAAUUGACAUCUAUACAACAUUAUCAACUUUCACUUGAGGCACCUUAUUUCUUUGAUCCAUCUUUAGAGACACCACCACUACUAUCAUCAUCAUCGUCUCCUUCUUCUCUAGAAUGGUUUGAGCCAUCAGAGAAUGACACAUUACCUCCACCACCUGCUUACUUUAGCUUAACUCCUCAGUUUAUUCGUAAGGAACGACAAGAAAAGACAAGGUAUGCAAGUUUUCUGGUGAAACCAAAUAUGUUUCCUGAAUUGGGUGAACCAUACUUGAUAAAAUCUGAUGAUCACGAAUGGUAAAAAGAUUAUGUAAUAAAUUGCUUAUGUAAUCAACUUUUUUUUUUUUUUUAUUUCUCCACCCCUUCCCAAAAAAAAAUUAAAUACCAUUAGAGGAAGUUUAUUUUAUUUUAUUUUUCCUAAUAAAUGAG